GCAGGCGCAGUUCUCAGGUGGCGAUGUAGGAGGGGGUAGGGCAAGUUAGUCCCCUUCAGGCAACGGUUUUUAGGUGGCUCCCGGGGCUCCCUUGGAAGCCCACAGGCCCCAGCUCUGCCAGCAGGCAAAGGUAUGGAGGAUCCCUCUCCAGAGCAGAAAUGAGUCCUGGGAGGAGACACAACUGACACCUGGGACCUUUCACAGGAGCAAGGGCAGUGCCUCCUGACUGUCCUGCCUGGCGGGACCCAACUUGGGUGAGGGCCGUGGCCAUGGAAGCCUGGGAGCCAGUGCUGGGAGAGAGAGCCGAUAUGAAAGGCCAGCUACAAAGGUGUGGAGAAUGGAAGCGAGAAGAAAAGGAGGAGGUGACGUCUGCAUUCUGGACAGCCCAGGCCAAGGAAUCAGUCACUUUCAAGGAUGUUUCCGUGGACUUUACUCGGGAAGAGUGGGGACAACUGGACCCUGCUCAGAAGAACUUGUACAGGGAUGUGAUGCUGGAGAACUACAGGAACCUGGUCUCCUUGGGGCUCCAGGUUUUUAAGCCAGAUGUGAUCACCAGGUUGGAGCGAGCAGAAGCACCUUGGACAUUGGACAACAAAGUCCUCAGACCCUCCUGUCCAGAUUGGGAAAUGAAGCCUGAGAUCAAGGAGGCCUUUUCAAAACGGGGAAUGUAUAUGGAAGAGUCAUUGCCAGAAAAAUUAAAGAGUGAUGAUCCCUGGGAUUGUCCCUUGGGACCAGUGUGGAACUAUGAUGGGAAGUUCAAGAAGCAACGCAGGGGUCAAGAGAAAGAGUCAAGGGAAGUAAUGGUCAUCCCCAAGAAAGUACCCAGUGAGAUGAGAAGCCAAGCAGAUAAUUUUGGGAGGAAUUUUGGACAAAUGUCAUUUCUUGUUGCACAGCAGAAUAUUGCUACAAAAAGGAGUCUUCAUCAAUAUGAUACAGAUGGAAAUGGCUUUAAACAGUAUUCAGAACUCAUUAAAUAUAAUGGAAUUUCCCCAGGGUUGAAGCCUUAUAAAUAUGAAUACAGUAAAGCUUCCAAUUCUGACUCACACCUUAUUCAGUACAAUAAAAUACCUCCUAUGGUGAGAAUCUCUGAUAUUGACAAAUUUGGCAAAGCCUUCCAACAAAAGAAGCACCUUAUUCAACCUCAGAUAAAUCAUGCUGGACACAAAGUCUAUAAAUGUGGUGAAUGUGGAAAAUUCUUCAGACAGAGCAUGCACCUUAUUCAGCACCAGAGAAUUCACACUGGAGAGAAACCAUAUAAUUGUAAUGAAUGUGGAAAAGCCUUCAGGCAGAAAAUUCACCUCAUUCGACACAAAACACUACAUAGUGAAGAGAAGCCCUUUAAAUGUAAUCAUUGUGGUAAAUGCUUCAGUGACAGCUCAUCACUCAAUGUACAUCAGAGAAUUCAUACUGCAGAAAAACCCUAUCAUUGUAAUGAGUGUGGCAAAGCCUUCAGCCUGAGUCAAUACCUUAUUCAACACCAGCAAAUUCAUACCACUGAGAAACGUUAUAAAUGUAGUGAGUGUGGCAAAGCCUUCAGCCUGAGUCAGUACCUUAUUCGGCAUCAGAAGAUACAUACUGGAGAGAAACCCUAUGAAUGCAAUGAAUGUGGGCAAACCUUUACACAGCAAGGAAGUCUUACUCAGCAUCAGAGAAGCCAUGCUGGAGAGAAACCCUAUAAAUGUACUGAAUGUGGAAAAGCAUUUGGCCGGAGUCUGUAUCUUACUCGACAUCAGAGGAUUCACACUGGGGAGAAGCCCCAUAUAUGUGGUGAAUGUGGAAAAUCUUUUAACGAUACCGCAGUCCUUGCUUUACAUCAGAGAAUUCAUACUGGAGAGAAACCUUGUAAAUGUAAUGUUUGUGGAAAGGCCUUCCGCCACACAAACCAGGUUACUCAGCAUCAGAGAAUUCAUACCGGAGAGAAACCUUACAAAUGUAAUGAAUGUGGGAAAGCUUUCACUCACUGUGCUGGCCUUACUCAUCAUCAGAGAAUUCAUACUGGAGAAAAGCCCUAUAAAUGUGAUGAAUGUGGAAAAGCCUUCAAACAGAAAGUUUACCUAACACAGCAUCAGAGAACUCAUACUGGAGAGAAACCCUAUAAAUGUGAUGAAUGUGGUAAGACUUUCAGGCAGUGCUCAGCACUAAUUUCUCAUAAAAGAACUCAUACUGGAGAGAAACCCUACACAUGUAGGGAAUGUGGAAAGGCCUUCAGUCAUAGCUGUAGCCUUACUCUGCAUCAGAGAAUUCACACUGGAGAGAAACCCUAUAAAUGUAAUGAAUGUGGCAAAGCAUUUAGCCAAAAUAUAUUCCUUACUAGACACCAGAGAACUCAUACUGGGGAAAAACCCUUUAAAUGUAGUGAAUGUGGGAAAGUGUUUAGCCAGAGUAUGUCUCUUACCCGCCAUCAGAAAACACAUACUGGGGAGAAACCCUACAAAUGUGAUGAAUGUGGAAAAGGCUUCAUCCAGAAGAUACAGUGUAUUCAACACCAGAAAAUUCAUUCUGGAGAGAAACCUUAAGAACAGAGCUUGUAAGAAAGGCUUCCAGUCAUUGCAGAUGCAUAAUCACUCAACAACCAAGAAUUCCUACUGUGAUAGAAAAGUUAUAAAUAUUACAAAAGUUAUCAAUGUAAUGAGUGUUAGAAGGCCUUCAAGUGUAGUUUAUUCCUCAACACAGCUUUCAAAAUAGAAAUUAAAAAAGCUUUAGUCAUAUUUGUCAUUUAUUGAUCAACAAAUAUUUAUUAAGCACCCAUUCCAUGCACCAGAAAUAUGAAUACAAAGAAUGAAGCCAUCCCUGCUCUCAAGAAGCUUACAUUAAAUAAAAUUUAAGACAACAAUUGGUACAUGAAACCGAGAAAGAAAAAUAGUCAUCUCUUUCCUGCAAUACUCUACUGCCAUUAAGUGGUAGUUGAUUUAUGCCCUCCUAAAAAGGAAAUGCAUAGGGCUAAAAGUCUUAAAAUAAGAUCUCUGAGAAACAUGGACCUCUAAGGUCACUUGCAGAUCUAAACCUAAGACCCUAUUACCCAUGUGAACUAAUGCAGAACACAACAGAUCCAGGUGAACAACAUACAGCAUGACUACCAUGACAUACAUGGGAGCCACACUAAAAGGUAGCCGAACUCUGAUUAAACACAAUAAGCACUCUUGGUUCCAGACAACAUACGAUGACGCGUACUUCCCUUUGAGAGUCGGGAAACAACAGGCAUGGAAUGUUGCAUGUGCUGUCUGACACAAUGCUGAUUUAACUUUUUUUUCUUUGUUACGAGGGAGGGUUCUGGGAGGGUGAGGGUGGGAAAAGGUAGAUAAGGAAAUCAUGGUGCUGUAAAAGGGGCACAAAUAAAGCAAAAUAAAGCUUCCUAAUACACUGUGCUUUCUUGAAAAUGAAAGGUGAACUUACUGAAAUUUUGGUAUCCAAACUUAAAUGGCAUUUUUGUGAGGGAAUA